AUGGCCCAGCGAAGCCCAAUCUUCCCAACUCUUGCCCCUUCUGAAAGACGGGUGCGAAACAUAGCGCUGCACAGCCAGGCACUGACAGCGGUCCCGCUGGCAUCCGCAAGCCUGGUGGAUCAGCUGGAAGACAGAAUCCUAAGCCAUGAGAAAACAACAGCCGCUCUCGUGGAACACGCUUUUCGCAUUAAGGAGGACAUUGUUUCCACUCUGCACAGAAUGCAGAACAAAGGGGGGGGAGACCGGUUGGCUAGGCAACUCUUGGAAGAACACAUCCGAAACAUAACGGCCAUAGUGAGGCAGCUUAAUCGGGACAUUGAGAUGCUGCAGGAACAGAUCCGUGUGAGAGACAAUCUCAGCUACGGAACAAAUUCUACCCUGAAGAGUCUGGAAAUGCGCCAGCUUUCUGGUUUAGGAGAUCUUCGGGGAAGAGUUGCAAGGUGUGAUGCUGGGUUAGCCAGGCUGUCUGCAGAGCAUAAAAUUACGUAUGAAAGACUUCAGAGCUUAAGUAAAGACCAACACACCUCCAAGCUGAUCUUAGAAUCUAAAAUCAAAGAGGCAGAAAUACAGAUUUCUCAUCUUCUGAGCAGAGUAGAGCAAUCGAUAAUGCAACAAGAAGCAAAGCUGAAGAUUGCCUACAAGGAGAGCAACCAACAGCUCCACCUCCUGGAUAUGAAAUUAAAAAAUGCUAUUGAGGAACUCAGCAGCCAGAUUUUGUCUGCACGUAGCUGGUUGGAACAGGAACAUGAAAGGAUUGAAAAGGAGCUUGUGCAAAAAAUUGACCAACUCUCAUUGACUUUUAAGGAAAGCACUGAAAUGAGUGAAAGAGCUAUAGAAGUGAAAUUCAACCAAAUGGCAGAGAAAAUUGACAAAAUAGAAGAAAUACAGAAGAUAACCAUGGAAGCACAUGAAGCAAAACAGGCUGAAGAGAAGAUAAACAUUCGCAUUGGCAAACUUCAAAAUGAGAUAAAUGAAGAUAUAAAAGAAAUGAAAGCUGAAGUUAAUGCUGGAUUUGCAGCUAUCUAUGAGAGCAUUGGGUCUCUACGGCAAGUUUUAGAAGCAAAAAUGAAGCUGGACAAAGAUGAACUACAGAAGCAGAUCCACCAAAUGAAGCAGGAGGUUCCAACAUGGGGGGACCCUGGACCAUGA